AUGUACAACCCUCCCGGACAAAGGGACGCAACCCGCCCCUUCCACGUCCCGCCACCUCCUCCGCCCAUGUCCCCUCCACCGCCAACCGUCGGGAUCAACAACCCCAUGAUGACAAUCCCCCCUCCUCCCCCUCGCCAUCCAAACGCCCCCUCAACAACCGGCAACGUCCUCCUCCCCCCUCCCCCCUCGGGCCCCCCACCAAACAGCGGGUUUCCAAACAGUGCGAUUGCCCCCCCGAGUGCGCUGGGAUCAACCGCGCCGUGGCAUGGGGCAUGGGGAAGGGCAUACGACGGGAGAACAGCGUUCAACAUCCCGCCUCCUCCACCGGGUGGUGGUGCUGGCGGUGGUGGUGGGGGGGGGAGUGGUGGUGUGCUGAGGGCUUACGAUCCAAAGUAUCACGCUCAGGUUCUUGCGGCUGCGAAUAACGGGGCGACGUACACUGUCCCGCCUCCUCCACCUCCGCAACAGCAACAGCAACAGCAGCAACAGCAACAGCAACAACAACAGCAACAACAACAGCAACAGCAACAGCAACAGCAACAACAACAACAACAACAACAACAACAACAACAACAACAACAACAACAACAACAACAACAACAACAACAACAACAACAACAACAACAACAACAACAGCAACAAAGUGAUCAGAUGGGGGCGCUGACAAGUGCGACGUAUAUUCCGCAGGGGGAUACAUAUGGUGAAGGGGUGGGUAUACCCGGGCUGGGGCUGGAGGAUAGCGCUAUAGGGUGGAACAUGGGUGCACAUUUGGAGUCUGCCACGGCGACGCCGCUGGAUGAGAGCUCGGGGAGGGAUAGGUUGUACGCGAAUGCUAUGGCGCAGCGGGGGUCGUCGACGACGAGCAAUGCUACUGUCUCUUCGGUUUCUGUCCCACCUGAGCUGGCGGCGCAGUGGCCGAUGGAGAAGGUGCUGGGGUGGUUGCAGGCGAAUAGCUUUUCGAGUCACUGGCAGGAGACGUUCAAGUAUCUUGGGCUGGACGGGGCGAGGUUUUUGGAGUUGGGGAGCAGUCAUGGGGGGAGGGGGAAUUUUGGGAUGAUGCAUCAGCAGGUUUAUCCGCGGUUGCUGGCGCUGAGCGGGCCGGAAUGGAACCAGGCGAGGGAGAGGGAGGAGGGGAAGAGGAUGAGGAGGUUGGUGAGGAGUAUUGUUACGGGGAGGCCGGUGGAGGUGAAGGGGGGGAGGUUAGGCGGGGGACAGCAGCAGCCGCAGCAUGCGAGGCAGAAUUCGACAAGCGCCCCGCCCGCGGUGACGGGGGGUCAGACGGGGAACAGGUCGGCCGAGAGCCCUAAUGUGAGUGUGGAUGAUGGGUUUUGGGAUACGGGAGUGACAGAUGCUGAUGAUGGUGACAAACAGACGCCCAAUCCGAUCAAGAUCCCAGAGUUUGGGUUUAGCAGGAGGUUCUCCCAGUCUCGCGCCACGACGAUGCCUACGCUCAGCAGCACCAUGCCGACGGAUCACAGAAACAUGAUGAAAGAAAUCGACACCAGCCGCCGCCACAGCCCGACGUUGAGUGAGUCAGGCGAGGCGGGUGGCACAUUCCGUGGUGGUUCGACCCCGUUGGGCGGAGGCGGCGGCGGCGGCGGCGGCGGCGGCAGGGACAGCCCGAGUGCUGGAAGCCCGAAUCCCGCCUCGGGUCUUUUCCCGUCCUCCACUGCCGGAAAUCUCUCAGCGUCUCCACACAGCAGCAGGUUCGGCCACCGAUCGCGAAACAGCACCGACUCUGUCUCGUCCAGUGCAGCAAUCUACGGCAGCGGUGUACCUGCCGACGCGGCCGCCAUGUUGAAGAGCGGUAUGAAUAUCGCAGAUGUGGUGAAUGCCGCCCGGAAUGCGAAUGACAGGCGGCAUGCCCAGGAUGGGGGGAGGCCGUCUCCGCAGGAGUCUGGUGGCGGGGAUAGGAGUGCGGGGGAGCCGCCUGGGAGCGCAAAGGGGAGUGGUUCGUUCUUGUCGAUUUUUACGAGGAAGAAGCACGGGAGGAAGGAUGAUGGGUUUGGGGGGGAUGAGGAUUCGCCGACGAGUCCGGGGUUGAGUUUUAAGCCGCAGAGCUUGGGGGAUAACAGGCCGGGGAGCAGUGCGGGCACGUACGGGCAUCAUCAUGCGGGCAAUGUGAGGGCGAAUCGGGGCGGGCCGAGGGUGUUCAUUCUUGCCACGGCUGAUUGUUGGAAUUAUCGGAUGCUGGAUGUGACGGAUAUCGAGACGGCAUCGGAUUUGAGGCAGUUGAUCUGCAUCAACUUGGGGCUGCCCGAGAGCGAGGGGGCUCACCUCUACCCCACCGAGCUGGGCAAGUUUGAGCAUGAUGGGGAGGCUCUUGAUGAUUCGAAGCUGCUGGCCAUCAAGACGCAGAGGGCUGAUGCGAUUGGAACGCUGAAGCUGUUUGUCCGUGUGGGUGGACCGCCACAGAUGCGCCAGACGGGCGCCCAGAUCGCCAUGGACGAGGAGACUUAUGUCAAGCUGAACGGAAGGAUGCGGUCUAGUUCGUCGCCGCCGACCUCGAGGCAGAACACGCUGACGGGCAAGGAGGGAGAGGACAAGAUGCUGACUGCAGAAGCGAUCGAGUACCGGACCGAGCAGCUGAGGAAACAAAAAGAGUAUCUUGCCAAACGUAAGCAGGUCGCUGAAAACAAUCACGUUGCUGACAGGAGCCCCUCGUCUUCCAUUGUUGGCAGAACCGUCGAUUUCGACCAGCCUCGGCACUCGCCCUUUGAGGACCGAAAGAUGGACACUUUGCUGCCCCAGCGCAAGCCGCCGGCGCCCCCUAGCGACCCCUCGGCCACGCUGAUCAAGGCGAACUCGUUGAAGAAGACGGGCCACGGCCUGCGCCUGUCGGGCGACAGCGGGUACCACCCCAAGCGGAAGACGUCGUCUGACUUGCGCAGCAGCGGCGACGUCGUGUUUGAGAAGCAGAAGCGAUGGGGUCCCGUAGCCGACCCGUCGGCGGGCAUCGGGGCGCUGCUAGUGGGCAUGAGCGACGGCAUGGCCAGCAUAGCGCGGCCCCGGCCAGGGGGUGGCAUGAUGCAACAACGACAGCCGUCGCCGCACCGGGUGGCCACGGAACCUAUUACGUCCCAGGAGCUUCAAAGAGGUAAGAAGGCCAUGUCAACUGUCAACUUUGGACCAGCGCACCAGCGAGAGAGAUCUGGUUCUGGCGGAGGAAGUCCGAGACCGGGAGGGAUGCCGGGCUCGCCGGGCUCUUACACAUGGAGCUCGAAGAACGUGCCCUUCCUUGUUCCGGACUACUCUCCCAACGGGACACCUGCUCCUCCCACGGCGUCGCGGAUGCCGGAUGGUGGUGGGAAUAGUGGUGAUGGAUGCCUGGACCAGAAUCACAACCACCAAGCUCAAAAUGGAACAAUUGCUAAGAUGCGUAAUGUAGCGCGCGCCCCGUCGCCCGGGAACGUCAGCCCAAGCUCCCGACGGCGGCCGAGUGAUUCCUUCAGCAGCCAGGCGGCUGUAGCCAAGAAGCGGAAAUCACACGGUCCGGAUACCGAUUUCACGGACAACGAUGUGACCUUCUCGGCGAGCUCGACGCGGGCGAGUAAGAAGGUGGACGACUCGGACUCGGAUGAUGAUUCGGAUGAUGGGCUGUUUGCCAUUCCCAUCGCGGCGAGGAACUCCGGUCCGGACAAGGGCAAGACGACAGCGCCAGCCGAAGGGAACAGCGGCGAUUCGGAUGGUGCUUCCGGCACCGGCACCGGGAAACGGCCGAGUUUGAGGCUGAACACGAGGUCGGGGAGCAACAGCCGGGCGAAGAAGACGCUUUCGGUGGCGUUUGCCGUCUCGCCGCAGUCGAGCAGUGCGGGGGGGAAGACGCCGUUGGAGGAUGAUGAUAGCGGGAGGUCGUCUUCGCAGAGGAGGGGGACGCCGGGGACGCCGCAGAGUGAAGGGGGGUGGGACUCGGAGGAGAAGGACAGCAAGAUUAGCAGGAGGAAGUCGUUCAUCGAGAAGGACGUGUGGGCCAAUCGUCCUCCGACGGACGCGCUGGUUAACAACCUGGAGGAUUUCUUUCCCGACCUGGAUGUUGACCAGCCGGUGCUGGAGGAGGGGGUGGAUCAGGAGCCGCCGUCGCCCAUUGCGGAAGGGGAUGAGAACAAUCAGGGGAGCGCUUCGGUGCCGCCGUUGCCGCCGCUGCCGCCGGGGUUGUCGACUGGGAAGUUGCACACUUUUUACAAUGACAACGACACCUUGGGAUCGGAUGAGUCGACGCUCAAGGCACUUGAGUCGAGGCCUGUGUCGAUGCAGUCGCUCGCGCAUAGGAGCAUCAGGCGGUCGGGAGGGGGCGGCGGGUUGGGGAGGAUGAAGUCUAUCCGUGAGGUGGCCAGGGGGGCGAACGAGUUUGGCAAACGGUACACCCAGGGCCCUGGCCAAAUCGACGCUCAGAGCUCCGCCGCCGCCGCGGGGAAUAGAAACACCAACCUGAUGAGGAGGAAGAGCACAAAAAUGUUCAACGCCAACAUCGUCCAGAUCCAACCCGACAGGGGGUCCCUCAACCUCGCCAUGGGAGGGCUGACCACCAUCCCCCAAGACAGCCUCCCGACCCGGUCCACCAACAGCAGGGAGAGCAUCCCCAAACGCCAGACCACCUUCCGCUGGUUCAAAGGUCAGCUCAUCGGCAAGGGAACCUUUGGCAGAGUUUACUUGGGCAUGAACGCCACGACGGGCGAGUUCCUCGCCGUCAAGGAAGUAGAAGUCAACCCCAAGGCCGCCCAGGGCGACAAGAAAAAGAUGCAGGAGCUGGUCGCCGCGCUGGACCAGGAGAUCGACACGAUGCAGCAUUUGGAUCACGUCAACAUUGUGCAGUACCUCGGCUGCGAGAGGAAAGAGACGUCGAUCUCCAUCUUUUUGGAGUACAUCUCCGGCGGCAGCAUCGGCUCCUGCCUGCGCAAGCAUGGGAAAUUCGAAGAACCCGUCGUCGCGUCUCUGACUCGGCAGACGCUGUCUGGGCUGGCGUACCUCCACAGAGAAGGCAUCCUCCACCGCGACCUAAAGGCUGAUAACAUCCUUCUCGACCUGGACGGGACGUGCAAGAUUUCGGACUUUGGGAUUUCGAAAAAGACGGAUAAUAUCUACGGCAACGACAAGACGAAUUCGAUGCAGGGGAGCGUGUUUUGGAUGGCGCCCGAGGUUAUCAGGAGCCAGGGGGAGGGGUACAGCGCCAAGGUUGAUAUUUGGAGCUUGGGGUGCGUGGUGCUGGAGAUGUUUGCGGGGAGGAGGCCGUGGAGCAAGGAGGAGGCGGUGGGGGCGAUUUACAAGAUUGCCAACGGGGAGACGCCGCCUAUUCCGGAGGAUAUCAGGGAGGUGAUUAGCCCGGUGGCGAUUGCGUUCAUGUUGGAUUGUUUUACUGUGGUCUCGAGCGAACGUCCGACGGCUGAUGUUUUGCUCAGCCAGCAUCCAUUCUGCGAGUUGGACCCAACGUAUAGCUUUUUGGAUACGGAGCUGUAUGCCAAGAUUGCGGGGAGGGUUAAUGAUUUGGGGAGGGGGCAGUAA